UGGUGGAAAUCGAAUAGAUCAGCUAGCUACUCGUUAUUACUUAUCGUCGUGCGGUACAUAUGUAUGUACGAUGCCAAUCGUGAUACGAGUCUUUUUCACUAUCGUCGUCGACAUUUCCUUCGAGAGGAUAUAAGGUACACUCGAGAUACAGCAGCGUGCUUGGAUCUGUAUAAUCCAAACAACUUCUUAGUCGACAUUUUCUAUGUAUCGAACAAGUUUAACUUGUAUUUAAUAAAAAUACCUUUGUGCAGAGUUUUUCGUACGUAUUUUUUGUCGUGUCGGUGAAAUCCUUCUUUCAACCCAGAAGAAGAAUGGCGUUGCAACGUACAUCUGUUCUAUAUCCAACUGCUGCUAAUUUAAGGAAAGUCAACGGAGAAAUGAAAUUACACUUUCGAUUGAGAACAACAACACCUUCGGGCGCUAUUCUACCUGAACCAAAAAGAACACGUUUUGGUUUUCUGGGUGUUAUAUGCAGUGUUAUGACAGGACUAGUCAUCGGAGCUACUCUGAGUAAAAUGAUGGCUAAUUUCCUCGAAGAAAAAGAACUUUUCGUACCUUCGGACGACGACGACGACGACGACGAUUAGUUUAGUAGCAAAAUCUUUGGCAAAUUUUAUAAAAAUAUUUUCAGCUUUUGUUUCUCACGUUGUCG